UGGUUCGUUUGUGGACUCGACACCGGGCUCCGGAGCGAGAGGUGACACCACCGACUCCAGCGGGUCACAUGACUCCGGUCUAGCGCGCGGAUCGCACUGCGGCUCCCGCCCGGGCGAGUUUCGCCACCGUGCGGCCGUUGCCGAGGAGACGGCGCAUGUCUCCCGGCGCGUUGCCCCCUCUGCAGUCCCCCCGCCCGUCUUCUCCCACCACAAUGAGAUCCUAAGAUGGCGGUGGCUGCGGCGGUUGGCGCUGAGGAGCUGAGGUAGACGAGGCGGCCAUUGGGCCCUUAAGCAGCCAGGGAACUUGGGGCUUCUCCCUGCUGCGGUCUCUAAGGGCGGCCCGCUGCCGGUGGCGGGUCGCGGGGGCGCUGACCGCUACUCUGCCUUUGGCAGGAGCGGCUGCUUCGUUUACAGCACACAACAGCUUUGAAGUGUGAAGCAGGAAGGGAGCUGUUUCUGAGCUACGAAAACUAGAUUUUAAACAGAAGAUUAAUUGUAAAAGCCAGUAUGGCCACAGGAGGAGGUCCUUUUGAAGAAGGUGUGAAUGAGCAGGAUUUACCAAACUGGAGCAAUGAGAGUGUUGAUGACCGACUUAACAAUAUGGAUUGGGGCAGCCAGCAGAAGAAGGCAAAUAGGUCAUCAGAAAAAAAUAAGAGAAAAUUUGGUGUAGAAAGUGAUAAAAGGGUAACUAAUGAUAUUUCUCCGGAGUCAUCGCCAGGAGUUGGAAGACGAAGAACAAAGACUUCACUGACGUUUCCACAUAGUAGAUACAUGACUCAGAUGUCUGUUCCCGAGCAGGCAGAACUAGAAAAACUCAAACAGCGCAUAAACUUCAGUGAUUUAGAUCAGAGAAGCAUUGGAAGUGAUUCUCAAGGUAGAGCAACAGCUGCUAACAACAAACGUCAGCUUAGUGAGAACCGAAAGCCCUUCAACUUUUUGCCUAUGCAGAUUAAUACUAACAAGAGCAAAGAUGCCACUAUAAGUCCUCAAAAGAGAGAAAUGAUUGGAUCAGCACAGUGUAAAGAGUUGUUUGCUUCUGCUUUAAGUAAUGACCUUUUGCAAAACUGUCAAGUCUCUGAAGAAGAUGGAAGAGGAGAGCCUGCAAUGGAGAGCAGCCAGAUUGUAAGCAGGCUUGUUCAGAUUCGUGAGUAUAUUACUAAAGCUAGUUCCAUGAGGGAAGACCUUGUAGAGAAAAAUGAAAGAUCUGCUAAUGUUGAGCGCCUCACUCAUCUAAUAGAUCACCUUAAAGAACAAGAAAAGUCAUAUAUGAAAUUUCUCCAGAAAAUUCUUGCUAGAGAAAAUGAGGAGGAGGAUGUUCGGACUAUAGAUUCAGCUGUGGGAUCUGGUUCUGUAGCUGAGAGCACAUCGCUAAACAUAGAUGUGCGGUCUGAGGCUUCAGAUGCCACGGAGGCAUCUUUUAGUCUGAGAAUUCGGCCGUGCAUUGAGGACAAGCUAGGGAAUUCAGCUUCACAGGAACAGGUUUCAGACACUGACGUUACUACAAGUCCAAAGGGGAAAGGUGGCAGACCUUCUCAGCAUGGCAGGGAGCUGAGGCCUAAUAGGAAAUGUAGCCGGAAACGUGGAUUUCCCUCAAAGGCCAGAGAUCCUCAGCAGGAGCCUAUGGAAGAGAUAGAAAAUUUGAAGAAACAACAUGAUUUAUUAAAAAGGAUGUUACAGCAGCAGGAGCAGCUGAGAGCUCUGCAGGGACGACAAGCUGCUCUCCUUGCCCUGCAGCAUAAAGCCGAGCAAGCUAUAGCUGUGAUGGAUGAUUCCGAAAAGGUUGCGGAGACAACUCCUGGUCAUCGUACUGUACCAGGUAGACAGCCGGCUCGUUCACCUUUGCAUCAGAGAGUACCUAUAAGAGAAACUACAGGUAGCCUAUCUGGAGUCAGUAUCACCUCUGAACUAAACGAAGAAUUGAAUGAUCUAAUUCAGCAUUUUCAUAAUCAGCUUCGUGAUUCUCAGCCUCCAGCUGUUCCAGACAAUAGAAGACAAGCAGAAAGUCUUUCAUUAACUAGGGAGAUUUCUCAGAGCAGAAAUCCAUCAGUUUCAGAGCAUUUACCUGAUGAGAAAGUCCAACUUUUUAGCAAGAUGAGAGUGUUACAAGAAAAGAAACAAAAAAUGGACAAACUUCUUGGAGAACUUCAUACACUUCGAGAUCAGCAUUUGAACAAUUCAUCAUUUGUGCCUUCUUCAGCCUCUCCACAAAGGAGUGUGGAUCAGAGAAGUACAACCACAGCUCCCUCUGCUCCUGUAGUCUUAACACCAGUGGUCAAUGGAGAAUCCAAUAACCUCACGCCAUCUGUUCCUUAUCCUGCUGCUUCUCUAGUUUCUCAGAAUCAGAAUGAAAAUGAAGGCCACCUAAAUCCAACUGAAAAACUCCAGAAGUUAAAUGAAGUUCGAAAGAGGUUGAAUGAACUAAGAGAAUUAGUUCAUUAUUAUGAGCAAACAUCAGAUAUGAUGACAGAUGCUGUGAAUGAAAACACAAAAGAAGAAGAAACUGAAGAGUCAGAAUAUGAUUCCGAGCACGAAAACUCUGAACCUGUUACUAACAUUCGAAACCCACAAGUAGCUGCCACCUGGAACGAAGUAAAUAGUAAUUCUAAUGCACAGUGUGUUUCUAACAAUAGAGAUGGGCGAGCAGUUAAUUCUAACUGUGAAAUUAACAACAGGUCUGCUGCCAACAUAAGGGCUCUAAACAUGCCUCCUUCUUCAGAUUGUCGAUACAAUAGAGAAGGAGAACAGGAGAUGCCUGUUGCACAAGGUCACGAUGAGGAGGAGGAGGAGGAGGAGGAGGAGGAGGAAGCAGAAGAUGAGGCCCUCAGCGGAGCUUCAGUGUCUAGUCACAGCAGCAGCCUGAUCAUUGAGACCCCUGAAGAUGCUGAAUUUGAACAUAAGAUCCAGAAGCUUAUGGCUGCAAAACUGAAACUUAGACACUUACAGAACCUUGUUGCCAUGGUGCAGGAUGAUGAUGCAGCCAAUCAAGGAGUUACUUCUGUGGAGGAUUUCUUCCCAGCAGAAGACACCAAACAAAAUGCAAAUAACACUAGAGGAAAUGCCAAUAAAACACAGAAAGAUGCUGGAGUAAAUGAAAAGGCAAGAGAGAAAUUUUAUGAGGCUAAACUACAGCAGCAACAGAGAGAACUCAAACAAUUGCAGGAAGAAAGAAAGAAACUGAUUGAGAUUCAAGAGAAAAUUCAAGAAUUGCAAAAGGCAUGUCCUAACCUACAGCUGUCAGCUGCUAGUGUGGGUAAUUGUCCCACAAAAACACAUAUGCCAGCUGUUACUUCAUCCCCAACCAUUAAUGAAAAUGAAGCCAGUACAAGCAAAUCUGGUUUUGAGCCUCAUGAUUCUUCAGUGGUAGAUAAUGAGGUAUGGUCAGAUAUGCGAAGACAUGAAAUGUUAAGGGAGGAGCUACGACAGAGAAGAAAGCAGCUGGAAGCUCUGAUGGCUGAACAUCAGAGGAGGCAAGGUCUGGCUGAAACUGCAUCUCCAGUGGCUGUUUCAUUGAGAAGUGAUGGAUCUGAGAACCUGUGUACACCUCAGCAAAGCAGAACAGAAAAAACAAUGGCAACUUGGGGAGGUUCUACCCAGUGUGCCCUAGAUGAAGAAGGAGAUGAAGAUGGUUAUCUUUCUGAAGGAAUUGUUCGGACAGACGAAGAGGAGGAAGAGGAGGAGCAAGAUGCCAGUUCCAAUGAUAACUUUCAUAUGUAUCCUCCAAACAGUGCAAAUCGUAAUUCUUACAAUGUAAAGGAAACUAAAAAUAGGUGGAAGAACAAUCGCCCUUUUUCAGCAGAUGGAAAUUAUCGUCCUUUAGCCAAGACAAGACAACAGAAUAUCAGCAUGCAGCGUCAGGAAAACCUUCGCUGGGUGUCCGAACUCUCUUACGUAGAAGAGAAAGAACAAUGGCAAGAACAAAUUAAUCAGCUAAAGAAACAACUUGAUUUCAGUGUCAAUAUUUGUCAGACUUUAAUGCAAGACCAGCAGACUCUAUCUUGUCUGCUACAAACUCUUCUCACGAGUCCUUAUAGUGUUAUGCCCAGCAGUGUUGCAUCCCCUCAAGUGCACCUUAUAAUGCACCAGUUGAACCAGUGCUAUACCCAGCUAACGUGGCAACAGAAUAAUGUACAGAGGUUGAAACAAAUGCUCAGUGAACUCAUGCGCCAACAAAAUCAACAUCCGGAAAAACCUGCAAGCAAGGAAGGAGGCAGUGGUGCGUCACACCCUCCUUCUCCCAGUUUAUUUUGUCCUUUCAACUUUCCAACUCAGCCUGUAAAUCUGUUUAACCUACCGGGGUUUACUAAUUUUUCAUCAUUUGCACCAAGUAUGAAUUUCAGCCCUUUAUUUCCUUCUAAUUUUGGAGAUUUUUCUCAAAAUAUUUCUACACCCACUGAACAGCAGCAACCGUUAGCCCAGAAUCCUUCGGGGAAAACAGAAUACAUGGCUUUUCCAAAACCUUUUGAAAGUAGUUCUUCUAUUGGAGCAGAAAAACAAAGGAAUCAAAAACAGCCUGAAGAGGAAGUGGAGAACAGUAGGACACCAUGGUUUUAUGACCAAGAAGGUGAAGUAGAAAAGCCAUUUCUCAAGACUGGAUUUGCAGUGUCUGUAGAGAAAACAACAAAUAGUAAUCGCAAAAAUCAACUAGAUACCAGUAGGAGAAGACGCCAGUUUGAUGAAGUGUCCUUAGAAAGCUUUAACAGUAUGCUUGACCCAGUAGAUCCAACAACAGUAACUAAAACAUUCAAGUCAAGAAAAGCAUCUGCACAGGCCAGCUUGGCAUCUAAAGAUAAAACUCCCAAAUCAAAGAGUAAGAAGAGGCAUUCUACUCAACUGAAAAGCAGAGUGAAAAAUAUUGGGUAUGAAAGUGCCAGUAUGUCUAGCACAUGUGAACCUUGCAAAAGUAGAAGCAGACAUUCAGCCCAGACUGAAGAGCCUGUUCAAGCAAAAGUUCUCAGCAGCAAGAAUCAUGAGCAGCUGGAAAAAGUAAUAAGAUGUAGUAGGUCUACAGAAAUAUCUUCAGCACAUGCUAGGAGAAUACUACAGCAGUCUAACAGAAAUGCAUGCAAUGAAGCGCCAGAAACCGGGAGUGAUUUUUCCAUGUUCGAAGCUUUGCGGGAUACCAUUUAUUCUGAAGUAGCUACGUUGAUUUCUCAAAAUGAGUCUCGUCCACAUUUUCUUAUUGAACUCUUCCAUGAGCUUCAGCUACUUAAUACAGACUAUUUGAGACAGAGGGCUUUAUAUGCAUUGCAGGACAUAGUAUCCAGGCAUAUUUCUGAGAACCAUGAAAAGGAAGGAGAAAAUAUAAAGUCAGUGAAUUCUGGUACUUGGAUAGCAUCCAACUCAGAACUUACUCCCAGUGAAAGCCUUGCUACUACUGAUGAUGAAACUUUUGAGAAGAACUUUGAGAGAGAAACACAUAAAAUAAGUGAGCAAAAUGAUGCUGAUAAUGCUAGUGUAUCUUCAACUUGUGAGCCUUUUGCAACAGAUGUUCUGGGUGACACUGUGAUUCACUUAGAUCAGGCAUUAGCCAGGAUGAGAGACUAUACGCAUAUGAAGAUGGAGGCUGAAAGCAGUACAGACGUCAGGUGUACCUGCAGGAUCAUUGAGGAUGACGAUGGUGCUGCUGACACAACCACGAUUAGUAAUAAUUUGGAAGAAACUCCUGUUAUUGAAAAUCAUAGUUCACAGCAACCUGUGAGUGAAGUUUCUACCGUCCCAUGUCCUAGGAUUGAUACUCAGCAACUGGACCGGCAAAUUAAAGCAAUUAUGAAAGAAGUCAUUCCUUUUUUGAAGGAGCACAUGGAUGAAGUAUGUUCUUCUCAACUUCUAACCUCAGUAAGACGCAUGGUUUUGGUCCUUACUCAGCAAAACAAUGAGAGCAAAGAGUUUGUAAAGUUCUUUCAUAAGCAACUUGGAAGUAUACUACAGGAUUCACUGGCAAAAUUUGCUGGCAGAAAACUGAAGGAUUGUGGAGAAGAUCUUCUUGUAGAGAUAUCUGAAGUGUUAUUUAAUGAAUUGGCUUUCUUUAAGCUCAUGCAAGAUUUGGAUAAUAAUAGUGUAACUGUUAAACAGAGAUGCAAAAGGAAAAUAGAAGCUGCUGGAGUGAUACAGUCUUAUGCAAAAGAGGCCAAAAGGAUUCUUGAAGGAGAUCACAGUUCACCUGCUGGAGAAAUUGAUGAUGAAGACAAAGACAAGGAUGAGACGGAAACAGUUAAGCAGACUCAAACGUCUGAGGUUUAUGAUGGUGACUGCCCCAAAAAUGUGAGAUCUGAUGUUUCUGAUCAAGAGGAAGAUGAAGAAAGUGAAGAAUGUCCAGUGUCUAUUAAUUUGUCCAAAGCUGAAACUCAGGCUUUGACUAAUUAUGGAAGUGGAGAAGAUGAGAAUGAAGAUGAAGAAAUAGAAGAAUUUGAAGAGGGACCUAUAGAUGUGCAGACGUCACUUCAGGCUAACACUGAAGCUGCAGAAGAAAAUGAACACGAUGGUCAGGUUCCACAGCAUGAUUUUGAAAAAUCAUCAGAAAGCAAAAAUGUCCCAUCAGAACAAGAACCCACUACUAGUAAAGGUGACCAGGAUAGCACUCCUGUGAAGCCCUGUUACCUCAAUAUCGUGGAAAAUGAGCAACCUUUAAAUAGCACUGUCCAGAAGGAUACUCUGACUACCAUCGACUCGUCCAGUCAGCCUAACCCUUUGCCUUUACCUUUAACUGAAAUUGAAACCUUGGUGCCUAGAGUCAAAGAAGUGAAAUCUGCUCAGGAGACUCCUGAAAGUUCUUUGGCUGGAAGUCCUGAUACUGAAUCUCCAGUGUUAGUGAAUGACUAUGAAGCAGAAUCUGGUAACAUAAGUCAAAAAUCUGAUGAAGAAGACUUUGUGAAAGUUGAAGAUUUACCACUUAAACUGACAAUAUAUUCAGAGGCAGAUCUAAGGAAGAAAAUGGCAGAAGAAGAACAGAAAAACCACUUAUCUGGUGAAAUAUGUGCAAUGCAGACUGAAGAAUUAGCUGGGAAUUCUCAGACACUAAAAGAACCUGAGCAAGUAUACGCUCAGUCUGCCAUCUUAAGAUGGAAACCCUUACCUAUGCCUUUUAAACUGUUGGUGGUGUCAUCAGGGAAUUAUUGUAGCAAAAAACAGUGGGAGCCCAAAGUACAUGAGACGUCUCCAGAGGCUCAUCUAACUCUUUCUUGACAUAAUUAAUACGUAUAUGAAAAUGGCACUAAAUAAACAUCUGUUUUAAUCUGUAUAAAAUGUAAAUCAGUUUGACACUGCAUUUUUGGUAGGUGUGCUAAUUUCUGCCCAUGGCAGUUUAAAACAUCAAAAACUGAAUUCUGGACAGAUUCAAGCCUUGAUACACUGUGGGGGUUUUUCUUAUUCUUUCUUUCAUUUUUUUUGGUCCUGAUUUUUUUCCCCAUUGUGAUGUUUAGUAACGUAGAAUUUAAAAUGUAGUUUUAAAUAAAGUUUGGACUUAUCUGUAAACUUAUCUUUUUUGAAAAUUAUGUUGAAUUCUAUACAGCAAGUCAUUAUUCUAUAUAAUUAGGCUGUUCAGAGAAGAGCAACCGUCAAGAGUUAGAGAAAUAUACUAUUUAUUAUAAAGCCCGGCCUUCAGGCCAGGCUUCCAAAUAAUGCCAGUGUUGCUGCUAUUGAGUCUAAUAUUCUUUUAGAUACCUGCAAGUCUUAUUCCUUUGCAAGAAUAGGGCAGGUUAUAAAGGUAUCCAGGAUUUCUGAGAAGUUAUUAUAGAAUAUAAAUAUUCUAUUCAAAUUGGAUAAUAAGUUUAGAAUACUUGUCCUUAGUACCUAGAAUUUACAUAAUUAUCUAUUAGAUAAAUAUUUUCUAGGAUUUCUAUUCAUAUCUGUGUUGCCUCAGUUUAAAUGUUAAAAGAGAGAACAUUUUCUAUAACUAGAGAAUAUUUCCGCUUAAACAAGGAAAGUAAUAUUGUGAUUACUUUUAAAAGGAAAACCAAGCUCUUUAAAUAGGGAUUAAUAGAACUAAAUUUACGAACCAGAGCACUAAGGUCCUGUUUGCUUUUGGACAACCUUGCUUUCUGAGACGAUAAUUUAGGCCAAAACGUAGCAGUUGUCUCUGUGUAGUGAGAGAGAAGCAGGUUUGCAGAUGAAGUACUGUAUGGAGUAAUGGGAAUCUAUGUGACCUCUUUAUCACUAAGCAAAUCAGCUUUUCAAAGGAGGUGUACUUCUAGAUCCCAUCUUGCCGUAUACUGAGUUAAAGGCUUCAUGAAGCCAGUUAACAAGUCAACUUUACAGAUUGUUCCUUGAAUAAAAUACGAAGCAUUAUUCCAAAUUAGUCUUUUAAAUUUGUCAACAGUUUACUGAAAUACCCCAUGAAAAAAGAAUUUGAUUGGUAUUCCUUUGAAAUUCUUGCCUGAUACCUCAGUGUAAAACUAUAAUGUCCAGUCAGGGAAUAUUAAGUGAGGAUUUCCCUCUGAGGACAUUGACUAUAUUGUUCUGUAAUUUAAAUUAUGUGAAGCAUAUAUCUCCAACUUUAUUAAACUUACUCAGAACACUGUCAUUCCAGAAGCAGGAAUUAUUCAAUUGGCUUGACUUCAGAGAAAUUGAAGCAUAGUAGGUAUACAUAUAUAUUAUAUGUAUACUUAAGUUCUAUAUUUGUUUUCUAGACUCUAUACAGAAACUUCAUUUUGAUACACUCAAGCCAAGCCUUACACAUUAAAUAUUAAGACUGUCUCUCUCUCUCUGCAUGCCAAUUAAAGAUGGAUACAGUGGAAUCAUUGUACUUACAUCUUAAGUUAAUGUAGUAUGUGUGAACCUUAUCAAAUUUGCUUAUUUGACUUACAGCUGUUGUAAUCUGGUCUUUUGUUUUCUAUUAUAGUAGAUAAUUUAGUUUUAAGUGCUUGAGAGCAGAUAACUUGCUUAAUAUGUUUUUCUCUGGUAACUGUUGCUAAAGGGUUAGGCAUUCAAUAUGUAGUUUGUCUUAAUUUUUAAGUUAAAAAUUUGGUUAGAGGUAAAAGAGGAAGAAAAGGUCAAAAUAAGUGGGAGAGAAACCUAGGCAGGUUAAAAUAAUGCCUACAAGAUUGAGCUCACCAGACUGUGCAGCAGGUACUCUUUGUAUUUUUAACAUUCACUUUGGGUAAAUGCUUUUUUCACUGUUAAUAAAUGUGUAUCCUGCAUACAACCCUGAAUUGCAUUUUCAUUUAAAUUAACAUACUCAUUUAUGCUUUAGAAUUUAUUCCAGAAUUUUCGCUUAUUUGAUGAUUUUAAGUGUGUUUAAAAAAAAAAAACUCAAUACAAACUAUUAUAUAUAAAAUAGAAAACAAUAGGGUCCUACUGUAUAGCACAGGAAACUAUUCAGUAUCCCCUAAUAAACUAUAACGGGAAAGAAUGUGAAAAA